AGCUUCCCCUGCAGCGUCUUAGGGCUAUCGGGGUUGCUACUUUCUGCCGCACCUGUCACAUAUCGCGUCUUUCCGUUUUCGGAACUGUCCGAAUGCGUCUCAGUGGACAGGGACGGCAGUAGAGGACAGCGGCAAGUCUACUUCAACGUCAGGCCGCGACGUAACGCUUGCGUCGCCUGCCCACCCCGACGGAAUGGCUCCCGUGUGGGGGACAGCCGGCCCGUGUACUGGGGCAUCCAGCUGGACCAGGACCUUCUGGAGACUAUAGUGUCUAUCUACCCGGAGUGGUUCAGGGACUACAACCUCGGCAUCAUGGCCGACCAGCAGCAGCAGCAGUCUCCCGCGACAUCCUCGUCCUCGGGCGGCGCCGGUGACGGGAGCGUUCCGUCGCCCCCCGCCCGUGUGGACGAGGCCUCCCUGCAGCAGGCCAUGGACCGGAACAAGGAGUCGCUGAAAGUGAAGCUCAUGCUUCGGCGACCCAUCACUCAACUCGUGGAACAAGGCAUCAUGCCAUCUCUCAAGGCCUCUCCCGCAUUCCAUGAACAGAGGAAGAACCUCGAAAGGGCCAAGAUGGGGGACUACCUCAAGAACAAAAUUCAACGGAGGCCAGAUCGCCAAGAGCUCAUACAGCAGCACAUUCUUGAAGACACCACGGUGGACCCGAGCCUUCAGGACAAACAGCGGCAGUUGAAAAAGGCGCGGCUGGCCGAUGGCCUCAACGACCGGCUCUCUCACCGGCCCGGACCUCUGGAGUUAGUCAAGGGGAACAUCCUACAGACGGAUGCGACAUUUGCGCAAGCCAUCAAGGAGGGCCAGAUUCCAUUCCGGCGGACGUGCGAAGGUGAGAGCCGGAAGCACCCGCCGCCUCCGCAUUUCCUCAUCGACGAAGACAGCAACGGAAGUGACCUGCUUGUGCCUUCCCCUGGCCAGGACUCCAACGACCAGUCGCAGAGCAGUUUGCCGUCGAUAGACCUGUCGGAGUCUUCGUCUUCGUCUGGCACCUUGCACGAGGGCUCGCCGAGCUCAGUCUCUGCAGGAAGUCCACGGGCUUCGCCACCGGUAGCGCCAGUCACAACGCAGCCAACACCCGUGGUCCAAGUGGCAGCUGUCGCACCGUCAACAGCGUCCUCGCUCUGCGCCUCGCAUCAGCUUCAGCAGCAAGCUGUCGCCCCUUUAACGCCCCAGCCAUCGCCGCUGCAGUCGUUUCUGAGCACCAACGCCACCGUGGUGACGCCGUCGACGACUGUGUUUCUCACGGGGACGGCGGUGACUCCCGCACAGCCGCAGCAGGCGGGCGGGGGCAAGGCGGCUCGCAAGAAGUCUAAGUCAAAGGCACAGCCGAAGGCGCGCACUAUCAAAUUCCACGAGUACAAGGGUCCACCAAGCGCUCAGAAGAACCAGCCGGCCACGUCGACGUCGUCAGAGUCGUCGUACGAGCUCCUGCUCCAGCAGCAACAGCUGUUCCUCCAGUGGCAGCUCGAGUGGCAGCAGAAGUAUCCGCAGAUCAUCCUGCCCGCUGCUCAGAAACCGGUGGUGUCGGAGGCAUCGCAGCUGGCACCCGUACAGCUGGCGACUCCGCCCCCUCCGCCUCCACCCCUGCCGCCCGCCGUCAGCUCGCCUCCCAUUGCCAUGGCGAUCACACCUGAGCUACCGCGUCAGCGGUCCAAACUGGAGGACAUGAAGGUCAGCGACCUGAAGGCAGAGCUGAAGCGCCGCAACCUGCCUGUGUCGGGGUCCAAGCCGCAGCUCAUCGAAAGGUUAAAGCCGUACUCGGACAUUGGCUCGGCGGGGACUCAGAGCAGCGGCUCACCCUCGGACCAGCCGGUGUCCUCGGUGGAGGCGACGGACAUAUCGGACCUCUCCUCCCCGCAGUCACCGUCGCUAGGGCUCUCCCUGGAUAUGCACGAUGGCAACCCGCCAUCGGUGGUUCCGAUGGAGGUUGACGGAAGUGGAGGAGACCUGCUGAUUGGGCAGCAGGACUCUCUGGCGGUUAGCGCCUCCGAGACGGACCUGUCCGGCUCUGGCAUGGAGGAAGACCUGAUGAAAAUCCACCAGAGGCGAAUCGAGGAGCUCCAGCGCGAACUCCAGAGGUCCCAGCUUAGGUUGCAGCAGCAGCAACAGCAGCAGGUGUCGGCGCCGUACAGCCUCAAGAGUGCCACGCCACCCAUCACCACUUUCACGCUCACCCUCUCGCCGUCGGGCCAGGCCGUGGUGGCGUCGCAGCCGCAGACCACCAGCCUCCUGACAUCGGCCGCUGUAGCAAGCACUGGUGCUGGCAUGGUUGCCACGCAGACUACGGUUGCUGACACUAAGUUGCUGCAGCGUCAGCUGCUGCAACAGCAUCUUCAGAACAAGAUUCAGCAGCAACAGCAGCAGCUAGCGCAGCAGCAGCAGCAGCAACUACAGAACCACCAGCAACCUCAUCAACAGAAUUGUGUAAGCAGUUCGGGUCUGGCCACUAGCCUCGCGUCAUCGUCACCGACGUCUGCGGCCGUCAAGGCUUCGCUGGCCAACUUUCUUCAGCAGCAACAGCAGCAGCAACAGCAGCAGCAACAGCAGCAGCAAAGCCUGGCAGCUGCGCUGGUGCUCACUAGCGACGCCAACAACAACCAUCAGUUGAUCGGCGAGCAGCAGCGGAGUGGGAGUGGAGCGCAAGCCAUGGCAUACAGCCCGGCAAAGCAUGCGACUACAAAGACACCCAAUGGCCUCCAGUCUCGGUCCCUGCAGCAGGCAGCGAGCUUUCCCUCGCUCCUGUCACCCAAGACGGCUUCGCUGCCCGAGCCGUUCAUCCUGACCAAACAGCCACCGGACUACGAUGAGGCGACCAAGCAUCUCAACAAGACAAGGCAGACGCAGCAGAUGCUACCACUCAACAACUUGGCACCUGCAACCUCGAAGCAGUACCGCCCACGUUCGAUCAAGAGCAAGGACGUCGAUGACGUGCUCGAGAUUCUCAUCAAGAAUGGAGAGUUGCCCCCGAGCGCUGCUCAAGAGCCACCAACACCCACAACACCGGGCACACCCAUUACCGACAUGAGCGGACUGCUGGCAUGCACGCCGCCUUCGUUUCCGACACCGCCGCCUUCGUCGGAAGGGACAAACACGACACAGGGCGAACGGAACUCGCCCUCCCUUGCGUUGUCUGGCGACGGCGAGACACCGCCUCCGUCGGCAUCCCUGGACUUCGACUUCCACCUGGACCUGGACGACUUCGAAGGCAUGGACCUCGGCAUGCUGACCGACAGCGCACCGGCCAAGAACCAGGUUUCGCGAAACCACUACGCUGACGGCGGCGCAGACCUCUCGGACCCGGCACUGAGUAUGGAGAUCGAACUGUCCGACUGGCUGGAUGUCAUGAUGCCCCAGACGACGUCGUCUUCGACUUCAGCCCUACCCAACAGCCAAGUGUCCUCUUCCUCCGCGACUCCGAGCACGACAGUGCUGUCGUCUUCGGUUGCGGCCCCGAACUCGACGCAGCACGACCCACUGCUGUCGACAAACGCUUCUGUGGACGUUCAGGACCCAUUUGACUUGUUCACAGUGAACGACGCGGACUUCCGGGCGUGGGACGACUUUCGGACUAAUUGGGACAGCGCGGACUUCAUCGCCUGACUGCCACGUGGACUGUAUGAGGCAGUUUGAAAUGCAGAAAUGGCCGAAGGGUGCCCUACUAACACGGAUUGCGGGACAGAGCCGCUGUGCCAGUGAUGACUCUUGUCGGUGAACUGCCCUGCCACCGUGGAACACUAGUGCUUUCACUGUCGGUAAUGAAAGAGACAGAGACCAAACUUUUUUUCCCACUUGUAACAGCGAAAUACUAGUUGAUAAGGCCGUCUCAGCAUCACGGACCAAACACAACAAACUGAAACAACACAAAAUGACUGUGUGCCAAGAUAAAGUGCCGACCGCUUUUUCCGAAAUUUUUUUUUCCUCAUUCGUUUGAUUUUCCUCGGCCACAAGAUAUCUUGUCACUUUCCCAGACGUGAGACUCAUGUCACGUUUUGUGUUGUCGUUCAUCUCGCGGUGCAAGAAAAUGCUCACACCGAAACACAAGACAAUACACACAAGAAAUCGCAAACACCUGACAGUGUUUUGCAAAUGCCCAGCCUUUUCGACGAACGGCUGGAAUGCAACGCACAUUCGGGCCGCGGUGCUAAGAAGAUUCAAAAAUGUAGCAUGGGCCCCGUCAGGCACUGCAUGUCGCCACUAUUCACUUGGACACGACGCAAGUACAAAUAGUACCUCUACUAUUUCGCGUCAAUGACCGACGAUGGUACAACCGACAAUGGUACAACCAUCGCUCAUAUGUUGUCUCUUCCCGCCCUUCUUCAUACCACACAAAAGCUCACAACGGUAAAGCUUCAACAUCACAGCUGUCUAUCGCAAACGUCGCGCUGACCAUUGCAUUCUUUUGUCGCGUACGGUCGAACCUUUAUACAACACAUCUAUGCCUGACGUAAGCCUUCCACCUUUGUAUUUCCUGCGUAUCUGAUGUUUUCUUGUAGGCGUAUGCACCAGUGACGGCGAAAUAUGUACUAUUUGUGAUCGGAUUUGCAAGGAAAGGAAGAGCGAUACCUUUGACGAUCUAACAAAGGAUCCUCUCCAGAUCGACGGCUUGUUGGUGGAUGGUCGCGUCGAGAUUCGACGUGCGAACACUGAUACUGUGAAAGCUUUGUUUCACCACUCCAAGGGCAACGUCGCAACGGGAUCGACAUGUUGGCCUGUCGGCCGUCGAGUCUGAAAAACCGAACCGAUGGCCAAAACACGGUUGUGAAUCCAGAAUGUAUGAUAAAGUUGCCUUUGUGAGUUUUUCUAACAUUCUCACUACACCAGAGUUCAUUUUGUUUCACUGUAACCGAUAUUGUCUCGGGACUGUCACGUUUAGUUUUGUUAUCAAGGUAGAGUACUCUGUGAACUUUAAGCAGCCAACUUCGGUUUGUAUCCUAAUCGUUACUCAUGUUCAACGAUUUGUUACAUUCAUGUUCGUUAUUGAGAGGUUCAAAUGUAGCCGUAUAUUUUUGUUUGUUUUUUUUUCGAUAAGGGAUCAAAACGACUUGCUUCUGCAACAAACCAUUUCUAUAAUACAAGAGAGGCGCGAAAUACAUAUCUCACAGACUUUCAGAGGCGGUGCAGCCAUGCCACAUCAGAGAAAAGUCGGUUAACACGCUUCGUUCCUGGCUUUAAUAAAGCGAGGUGGCAUCGCAAGCGACGCAAAGUUGACGACGACCGGACGAAACGGACGCACGAGUUCUCGUCGGGAGAACCACAUUCCAAGCGUCGUUUUUGUCGACACGGAAAGCGGAGAGAGAGAGAGGAAAAAAGCUGCUAAAUCAAACGACGCCAUCUCGGAAAACUUUAAUCUUGAAAGUCGUGAGGUGCAAAGUAAAAAAGACAUUGACCACGUUAUAUGCCCGGAGUUGUGUGGGCCACAAAGCCGUUCGGUCUCGAGCCCAACUACAAUUUUUUUCGUGUCUUGAAGUACUUUGGGAAUGCGGGAAUAUUCUCGCUAGAUAACUACCGCAACGAUGUUUAUGAAAUGGCAUUGUUGAAAGAAAAAAAUUUCCUUGCCUUUGCGAGCAAUGUAAAUUGGAAGUGCGUUCAAUUUGUAGCAUUGGCAAUAGUGGAAAAUUUAUAGCAUGUAUGCCGUAUCGCACGUAAAUCUUUGGCAUCGGGUGAAAUGGUCUGAUGGUACUAAUUACGUGUUUUUCAGCACCAUCCGCUUUGAAUGGACGAUGUUCUGCCCUCUUUCAUUGAUAGACAACUUGAUUUCUUCAUGGAACUUGCGUGGCAUAAAGUAUACGGAAAUCUUUGCAAAUUUUGCGGAUGUCAGUUGCUAAAAAUUUUUUUCAACGGCAUGAAAUUUUUCCUGAAUGGUGCAGCAGUUGUUUAGCGGGAGUGGGCUUGCAUUUGCCGCGCAGUGUUUGAGAAUGAAAUCUAUGUUGGGCUCAAAGCGGUCCCCCCCCCCCAUGUACGGAUAGCCAGGCCAGAGCAGAGACGUACACUCAAUUUAUUGUCCUCAAGCCUUCGUUGUGUUUUUCUACACAUGUGUGCGCGUGCCUGUGUGUGUGUGUGUGUGCAUGUUAUUACCAAGGUUGUUAUCUUUUUGUACAUAAUUUAGGCGAGGUGCAAAUUAUCGACAAACCACGUUACGACUCAGAAAAAAGAAUACACAGUGGGUCUAUCUCCUAUCUACCAUGUCAAAAAAGCAAAACUCAAACAUCUCGGUACAUGAGGUGUGUGGAAUUCGAGAUUUUUGCAUUGGAACGAGAUUUCCUUUUAGUAGUAUCGGAAACCUGGUGCAGAGGAAAUGUUGCGCAGCGAGUGAUGUGGAAUUCGAUUGAAAGCUUUUAACACCUUGUAUAGAAAUAAAUUCAGACAGUGCCUUUUUGCCUAGAAUGCAGUCGUGUAGCAUACUGCUCAUGUUUUGACGUCCUGUCGUCAGGGUUGAAAAAGUUGACAACAUCUUUCGAGGUAGCGUUCCUAUGCGAUUUGAGUUUGUAAUUUUCUUGUCUCACAUCUAUUUGUCGAAUUGCCCAAGCCUCACCUGUAUAGGCGCUCGAGACGUUUUUUUUUUUUCUUUGCUGCUGGUCUCAGGCUUUUUGUCGCACGUGCUGGUAACACUAACCCAAGCUGGUUUCUGUGCUUUUCCUUUUUUUUAUUAGUUGCAAAAACCAGUUUGCUUUGGGUGACGGAAGCUAUUUAGGCGAACAGCGCAAGCAAUAUCACAUCCCCCCCCCCCCAACCAUUUUCCUUUUGUUUUGUUUUGUUUUUCAAAAAUGUACAUAAUAUAUGAAGCGAGGGCUCAAGUCUUCUUGGUGUUGGUGCCCUCGUUGGUGUAGUGUGAUCCGAGAAAUAAACUAUAAAUGAAUACAUGCAUACCUCAA